UCAUGUGUUGGAACUUUGUAAAGAGAGAAUAUAUCUAUUAAGAAUUUAAACCAAAUUACAAUAUAUAUCCUAUUGGAUAGAGUUGGCAAUAUACUAUAUACUGAGUCUGAACUGAGAGAGGUGGUGUGUAUUUUUUACGUAGUACAUAAUGAUUUUCUCUUUUAGGAAUUGUCAAUGAGCAUGUUGAGGUAGCUACAUCACUGUGUCCAGAACAAAAGGGAGAACCUGCUGAGCGCUCGCCCAGCGCGGCUGAGAAACCAAGAUGCCUGCGGGACCUGCAUGGUGUUACCCUGCUCUGCUAUUGCUUCUCUCCUCCGCGCCCCUGUGGGCAGCUGAGAUUUCCUGCAGGAAUGAAGACGGGGAGGCAGUUGAUUGGUUUGCUCUUUACAAGUUGCCAAAGCACGCCAAAGGAGAGAUUCCCAUGCUGGGGCUGGAAUACAUGUACAUGGACGCCCUGGCUCCGCAGUGGCAGCUCGGUAAAUACCUCAUCAACAUGACACAGGGUGCUCUGGGACAAACACUGAAGCAGCUGUAUGAGAUGUACAAAUCCGAGAGGAACAGCAUUGCAUAUGCGAUAUACAACGAUGAGGUCCCCGAGUCAGACUCCGACAGUUGGAAAAAAGGACAUACCAAAGGAUUUCUGCUCUUGGACAAAUCACAAGGCUUCUGGGUGAUUCACAGUGUGCCCCUGUUCCCUCCCAGCCCUGAGGACGGUUAUGGGUAUCCAGCUACUGGGGAGUCCUACGGACAGACGGCCAUCUGUGUAACCUUCAAAUAUGAGCAGUUCACAGAAAUAGACCAACAGAUGCUGAGUUACAAUCCAGGGAUCUACAGCUGUUUCAUCGCUAACAUCUUCCAAGCUGAUCUCCCAAAUCUGCAGAAGCUCUGUGCAGGGUCCAGGCUGCCCUCGGUCCCCUUUCGCCACCUCUCCAAACUCCAGUCAGCUCAGGGGGAAACCUUUCUCCACUUUGCGAAGUCGCACUUGUACAUAGACGAUAUCUACGUGGCCUGGGUGGCUCAGGAGCUGAAGACUGAUUUGUUGGCUGAAUCCUGGCAGCAUUCCGGCCAAAAACUUCCCUCAAAUUGCUCUCUCAGCUACUACGUCUACAACAUAAACCUAAUAGGGACACCACUGAAUUCCACCUUUUAUUCCAUUAAUGAUCAUUCCAAAUGGGCUGUGUCAAGGGAAUAUAAAGAUCAGUGGACCUGCAUCGGAGACUUAAACCGAGCUGCUGAGCAAGCUUGGAGAAGCGGUGGGUUCAUCUGUACGCAGAACGAACACAUUUACAAAGCCUUCAGACAUCUGAUAGUCCACUACGAAAGUUGCGCCAAUGCUUCCACGUCAAUAUAACGAACCAUUCCUCCCAAACAGUGCGGCCCCUCGUUACACAGAAAGCAUAGGAAUGGUCUCUCUUAAACUAUAUUUUUCACCCUGAAAAAUGGCCCUGAGGGUCGCCAGAUGUGUCAGACCGUCACCUUGUUAGCUAUGAAAGCAGACAGUUUGCAGAUAAAUUAUGGCUGUUUUUCUCCGGGUGCUGGACCCGCAGGCUCUGUGUGCGCUGAGCCGCGCUCGGCUCUCUGCUCGGCUCUCGGCCGAGCCGCUGCUGCGCAAGGCUGCACCCAAGCACAUCGCUCUGAGCAACCGCGCACAGGCAUCCCCGGGGCAACUCGUGAGGAUGUGGGAUGGGAGGAACAACAGACGCCUCUCUCGUGAGCUAGGUUGUUGGGGCUGGGCAGUAGCAAGGGAAAAGUAUCCCAAAAUGCUUCAAAAUCACCCCACGACCGUUAUGAUCAGCCACAGCAUUUCUGCUCAGUUUGGGGUGAAUCUCUUAAAGAGCUGACAUAAUUGGAUACAGGCAGGGAGACGGGUAGAUCUGUGGACAGGAAGGCUUAAUUUUUACAUGGUUAAUUUUUAGAGAAGAAAUGAGCUUUAAAUCAUUUGUAACCAAUAGCUUGGGAAUAUUUCUAGGGCUUUUAUUCACGUACAGCAAUCUUGUAAACAAAUAAACAUGUCCAAAACAUGAAUAAGCAAAAUAAAUGACGAGCGAAAAUG